AUGAAGCUAAACAUAUCAAACCCCUUAAACAAUGUUCAAAAGAGCAUAGAAAUCGAUGAUGAAAAGAAAUUACUUCCCUUUAUGGAAAGGAGGAUUGGAAAUAUAGUACCAGGUGAUUCAAUAGGGGAAGAAUUCUCAGGUUAUAUUUUUAGAAUAACUGGAGGUAAUGACAAACAAGGAUUUCCAAUGAUGCAAGGUGUUUUAACUAACCAUCGUGUAAGGCUUUUAUUUAAAAAAGGUAUGAAAUGCUAUAGACCAAGAAAAAAGGGAGAAAAAAAAAGAAAAUCCGUUAGAGGAUGUAUAGUAGGUCAAGAUCUAUCAGCUCUUAAUUUAGCCUUAGUUAAAAAAGGGGCUAAUGAAAUCGAAGGUUUAACUGAUAAAGCAGUAGGAAAAAAAUUAGGACCAAAAAGAGCUAGCAAAAUUAGAAAAUUAUUUAACCUUGAUAAAACUGAUGAUGUUAGAAAAUAUGUAAUCGGAAGAGCUAUAAGCAAAAAUGGAAAAACCAGAUUUAUUAAACCAAAAAUUCAAAGACUUGUUACUGAAAAAAGAUUACUUAGAAAGAGAUCACUUAUUGCUGCUAAAGAAAAACGUAUUGCUGAGAAAAAGAAAGCCAUGAAAGAAUACAAACAACUUCUUAGAAAAUAUAAAAGUCAAUUAGUUACAAAAAAAGAUAAUGAUGUAGGAAAGAAACUUAAAGUCAAAAAAAAUCUUUCCAAAGAUGCUAAAAAAAAUGAUAAGGCAAAAAGUAGUAAGGAUGAUAAAUCAAAAACUAAAAAAAAUGUAGAUAAAAAAUCUGAAAGUUCCAAAAAAGUUGAUAACAAAAAAGUCAAUGAAAAACAAGCUAAAGUUGAUAAAAAUGCCAAAGUUGACAAAAAAGCAGCAGCUAAAGCUACCAAUGACCAAAAUAAAUCUGGAAAAAAAAAAAAGUGA